AUGGCAUUCAUCCCACCAGUUACAGACACUGGCUGCAUCCUCCUCUCAUCUUCUGUUUGGGAAAUAAAAGACUUCUUGCUCACAGCCAGGCGAAAGGAUGCCAAAUCUGUCAAGAUCAAGAAAAACAAGGACAAUUUGAAGUUUAAGGUUCGCUGCAGCAGGUACCUAUACACCUUGGCCAUUACAGGCAAAGAGAAGGCAGAGAAACUUAAGCAGUCCUUGCCUCCUGGUUUGGCUGUGAAGGAGCUGAAGUGA